AUGACGUUCCAACAGCGAGAAUUCUCCGACUUCCCCCUGCCCCCACCGGUCGGGACCCCUGCCAACUCCCCCAGUGCUCAGCCGUGGUAUUCGAUCGCGCCUGGCAUCUGGGAGCUCCUUCUCAACGGCGACAAGGAUUCAGAUCACAAAUCGGUUCUCCAAUGGUUUGAACCCGGCCAGAAAUCUGCGCAGACGGAGCCGAUCACCCAUUCGUAUGUGGAGGAGGUGUGUUUCCUUCAAGGGGGGUUGCGCGAUCUUACGCUUAACCGUGAAUGGGGAAUGGGCGCUUACGCGUAUCGAAAGCCGGGUAUGAAGCAUGGUCCCUACCAGGCAUCAACCGUCGGAUGUUUGGAAUUUGUGAGGAUAACUCCGAAAUGA